GCCGCAGCCAUGGAGGACGAGAUGCCGAAGACCCUGUAUAUAGGCAACCUUUCCGAAGAUGUGACGGAAACUCUCAUUCUCCAGCUGUUCAGCCAGAUUGGACCAUGCAAAAACUACAAGAUGUUUAUGGAUACAGCUGGGAGUGGUCAUUACUGUUUCGUGGAGUUUUAUGAGCACCAUCAUGCAGUUGCAGCGCUAGCUGCUAUGGAUGGACGCAAGAUUAUGGGUAAGGAAGUCAAAGUGAAUUGGGCGACAACCCCCGGCAGUCAGAAGAAAGAUACUGGCAAGCAUUUCCAUGUCUUUGUUGGUGAUCUCAGUGCAAAAAUCACAACGGAAGAUAUAAAAGCGGCUUUUGCACCAUUUGGAAGAAUAGCAGAUGCUCGAGUUAUGAAAGACAUGGCAACGGGAAAGUCAAAAAAAUAUGGCUUCGUUUCCUUCUUCAACAGACUGGAUGCCGAAAAUGCCAUCCAGCAGAUGGAUGGACAGUGGCUUGGAGAAAGACAAAUCAGAACUAACUGGGCAACAAGAAGACCUUCAGAGCCAAAGAGUACAUAUGAAUCAAAUACCAAACAACUUUCUUAUGAUGACGUGGUAAAUCAGUCCAGUCCAAGCAACUGCACUGUGUACUGUGGGGGUGUUACUUCGGGCCUAACAGAACAAUUAAUGCUCCGUACUUUUUCAUCAUUUGGACAGAUAAUGGCAAUUCGAGUCUUCCCAGACAAAGGAUACUCAUUUGUACGGUUCAAUUCCCAUGAGAGUGCUGCACGUGCAAUUGUUUCAGUUAAUGGCACGACAAUCAAAGGACUUGUGGUGAAAUGCUACUGGGGCAAAGAAACUCUUGAUGUGGUAAAUCCAGUUCAACAUCAGAAUCAAAUUGGAUAUCCACAGGCUCAUGACCAGUGGUGCCAGUGGUAUGGAAAUGCCCAAAACACUAACCAGUACACACCUAAUGGUUGGCAAGUUCCUGCAUAUGGAAUGUAUGGACAGGCAUGGAAUCAACAGGGAUUUAUUCAGAUACCUCCUCCUCCACCAGCACAGCCACAGACUUCUGCAUCAUGGAUGGGUGCAAAUUAUGGAGUAUGGCCACCUCAGGUGCAGAAUGGCUUGUUACCCAAUCAAACUGGACGGAGCAUGGCCUGUUAUGAGACUCAAUGA